AUGGUCGGGUCCUCGCCGCAUCCGGACGAGAACACGCCGUGCAGCCGCCCCGAGUCGCGCGAGGCGCGGCGCAUCGUCCAGACGCAUAUCGUCACGCUCUCUGAGGAGGCUGGCCACGGCGAGCUGGCCCCGUCGUGCCCGCUCUCGCCACACAACGACGUGCUCGCGGCGCACGAGGCAGCCAAGCGGCGGCUGAGCGGCGCGGUGUGGAAGUGCGGGCUCUGCGGCAAGCAGUUCCGGUCCGAGCGCCACCUCGACCUGCAUAUGCACCGCAAGCACGCCGACGCCUCUCCCGCCGGCGCCACCUCGUGCCUCGCCGACGAGUGCGACCUGCUGCGCUGCCCGUCGUGGGUCAAGCGGCUGGGCGACGCGGCCGCCGCGUGCACUGAGGGCGCACUCGCCGUGCGGCGCGAGCACUGCGCGGCGCUCAUGCACUCGUGCGCCUUUGGGCCCCUGUUUGCCCAGCUGGAGCACGAGUACUGCGCCAACCUGACUUGCAGCUACCGGCGCGCGAGGGGCCGAAACACACCUGCCAGACAGACAUCACUUCGCGAGGAUCCUGCUCGUGCCUUCCGCGCCGCCGAGAGCGGGAGCGUCGUGCGGCAGACGGCGACAAGGCAGCGGCUGUACCAGCCCCCCCGCCACACUGACUAG